GGAAGAUUCCAAAGAAACCAGAUCUGAAUUUUAAACUCAAAUGGUUUGCCAAAAGUGAAGAAAUAAUUUGUUUCUGGGUGUCAAGAAAUCAUGGGAGUGGCGGAGGAUAGGAUCAGUGAGUUGUACGACCCACUGAUUCAUCAUAUCUUGUCAUUCCUUCCCAUAAAAUCUGUAGUUGCUACAAGUGGUUUAUCUAAAAGAUGGAAAGGUAUGAAGACACUUUAAGACUAGUGGAUUUUCUGGAUAGAAUGCUUCUUAUACUUUCUGAAUCUGAAGUUUCUGAAAAUAUGACUAUCAGAGAAUUUCAUCUCAAGUAUUGCUGUUAUGAUUUUGAGGGCUUUUUACUACGAAAGAAUCUUUAUUGAGGAGCCUUUUUUCCAUGAUCUGAGACGAUUGGAGGUGAGUACAAACCUUUCUCGUACGAUGUCUAUAGGAUUCAUUCGGCUCCUCUUGGUAUCGCCUAAUCUGGAAUCGGUUGUCAUUAAUCAGGGGUUUUCUGAAUUUCAAAACUAUCUUACUUCAGAUAGACAAAUUGUGCCAGAGUGUUUGUUGGGACAGCUGAAAGUAGUUGAAGUUCAGGAGUUUUCUGGAGACCAAGAAAUCCUUGAUUUUAUACGUUACUUUUUGAAGAACUCACUUGUGCUGCAGACCAUGAAAGUCGCAUUCGCUUCGAGCACAUCGCAACACUUACAGGACAGCCUUAUGAAGGAGAUACUGACGUUCACAAAAGACUCUACAUAUAGUGUGAUUGAUUUCCUGUCGUAAGACAUUCAAGAUUUUUCUUUGUUUUAUUUGCUAAUUAAGUACUGUUUCUUUCAUUUUUUUCCUAUUUGAAUUAUCAUCAAUAGCUUAGACUUGUCAGUACCGUCUUCAACUUUGUGGUGAUCUUUUGUUUGUUUAAUGAUAGCUUUAAACACCUUUUUGUUGA